UUUGAAUGGAAGCGAAGUUGGCCAAUUUCAGCAUCGUAUACCUCUGGAUCGUGUCAUUGCUUUAAGCGUUGGAGGAGAAGUUUCGUUGACAAACGUGGUAUUCACCGAGAGCUGGACGGGAUCUUCUGUCUUUGGGCGGAGUGCAAGUAUGACUUUUGGAGAGCAUUCAUCUACGCUGGAUGAAAGCUGGUCGUUGACUGGCUCUGAACAUAAUUUGCCAACUAUUCAUCCACAGAUGGGACUUUCACUGAGCAACACGGUUCAAAAUCCUAACCUUCCUUAUGUGGCCCCAAUUUCAGGAGGACUGAGAGAAGGCAUGGCCUUGUACUUAAAGGGAGUUAUUCCCACUAAUGCAGAAUGGUUUGAAAUUAAUUUCAAGACUGGGCAGUCUGACAGUGAUGACACUGCUUUCCACUUCAACCCUCGACUGCACCAGAAAGUGGUCAUGAACAGCUUCAGGAACAGAAAAUGGGAAGCCAAGGAAAGUGUCUCUGACAACCCCUUUAAAAAGGGAGAAACUUUUGAGAUGUUCACUGUCAUCAAAUCUGAAGGAUAUCAGGUUUAUGUGAAUGGUAAAGAACUGUACACAUUCAAACACCGUAUUCCACUGGAAAAAGUGUCAACAUUAAAUAUCAGUGGACAUGUUGUUGUGAGUCUUUUUGGCUUCAUGCAAAACUGGAGUGCAUCUUCAUUUCCUACAACAUUCACCAGUCUGAGCAGAUCACAUGGGGAACUUUCCACGAGACAGUCAGAGAUCUUACAGCCAGUCCAAAACCCUAACCUUCCUUAUGUGGCACCAAUUUCAGGAGGACUGAGAGAAGGCAUGGCCUUGUACUUAAAGGGAGUUAUUCCCACUAAUGCUGACCAAUUUGAAAUUAAUUUCAAGACUGGGCAGUCUGACAGUGAUGACACUGCUUUCCACUUCAACCCUCGACUGCACCAGAAAGUGGUCAUGAAUAGCUUCAGGAACAGAAAAUGGGAAGCCAAGGAAAGUGUCUCUGACAACCCCUUUAAAAAGGGAGAAACUUUUGAGAUGUUCACUGUCAUCAAAUCUGAAGGAUAUCAGGUUUACGUGAAUGGUAAAGAGCUGUACACAUUCAAACACCGUAUUCCACUGGAAAAAGUGUCAACAUUAAAUAUCAGUGGACAUGUUGUUGUGAGUCUUUUUGGCUUCAUGCAAAACUGGAGUGCAUCUUCAUUUCCUACAACAUUCACCAGUCUGAGCAGAUCACAUGGGGAACUUUCCACCAGACAGUCAGAGAUCUUACAGCCAGUCCAAAACCCUAACCUUCCUUAUGUGGCCCCAAUUUCAGGAGGACUGAGAGAAGGAAUGGCCUUGUACUUAAAGGGAGUUAUUCCCACUAAUGCUGACCAAUUUGAAAUUAAUUUCAAGACUGGGCAGUCUGACAGUGAUGACACUGCUUUCCACUUCAACCCUCGACUGCACCAGAAAGUGGUCAUGAACAGCUUCAGGAACAGAAAAUGGGAAGCCAAGGAAAGUGUCUCUGACAACCCCUUUAAAAAGGGAGAAACGUUUGAGAUGUUCACUGUCAUCAAAUCUGAAGGAUAUCAGGUUUAUGUGAAUGGUAAAGAGCUGUACACAUUCAAGCACCGUAUUACACUGGAAAAAGUGUCAACAUUAAAUAUCAGUGGACAUGUUGUUGUGAGUCUUUUUGGCUUCAUGCAAAACUGGAGUGCAUCUUCAUUUCCUACAACAUUCACCAGUCUGAGCAGAUCACAUGGGGAACUUUCCACCAGACAGUCAGAGAUCUUACAGCCAGUCCAAAACCCUAACCUUCCUUAUGUGGCACCAAUUUCAGGAGGACUGAGAGAAGGCAUGGCCUUUUACUUAAAGGGAGUUAUUCCAACUAAUGCUGACCAAUUUGAAAUUAAUUUCAAGACUGGGCAGUCUGACAGUGAUGACACUGCUUUCCACUUCAACCCUCGACUGCACCAGAAAGUGGUCAUGAAUAGCUUCAGGAACACAGAAUGGGAAGCCAAGGAAAGUGUCUCUGACAACCCCUUUAAAAAGGGAGAAACUUUUGAGAUGUUCACUGUCAUCAAAUCUGAAGGAUAUCAGGUUUACGUGAAUGGUAAAGAGAUGUACACAUUUAAGCACCGUAUACCACUGAAAAAAGUGUCAACAUUAAAUAUCAAUGGUGAUGUUGCUGUGAACCUUUCUGGCUUCCUAAAAAACUGGAGUGCAUCUGUAUUUCCUACAAAAGUUAUAACAAAAAUCACCACUCUGGGCAGCUCACAUGGGGGACUUUCCACUGUACAAUCAGAGAUCUUGCAGCCAGUCCGAAACCCUAACCUUCCUUAUGUGGCACCAAUUUCAGGAGGACUGAGGGAAGGCAUGGCCUUGUACUUACAGGGAGUUGUUCCCACUAAUGCUGACCAAUUUGUGAUAAAUUUCAAGACUGGUCAGUCCAGCAAUGAAGACAAGGCUUUCCACUUUAAUCCUCGAAUGGACCAGAAGGUGGCCAUGAACAGUGUAAUAAAUGGCAGUUGGGGAACUGAGGAAAGUGUCUCUGACAACCCCUUUAAAAAGGGAGAAGCAUUUGAGAUGUUCACUGUCAUCAAAUCUGAAGGAUAUCAGGUUUAUGUGAAUGGUAAAGAGCUGUAUACAUUCAAGCACCGUAUACCACUGAAAAAAGUGUCAACAUUAAAUAUCAGUGGUGAUGUUGCUGUGAACCUUUCUGGCUUCCUACAAAACUGGAGCGCAUCUGUAUUUCCUACAGAAGUUACAACAAAAAUCUCCACUCUGGGUAGCUCACAUGGGGCACAUUCCACCGUACAAUCAGAGAUCUUGCAGCCAGUCCAAAACCCUAACCUUCCUUAUGUGGCACCAAUUUCAGGAGGACUGAGGGAAGGCAUGGCCUUGUACUUACAGGGAGUUGUUCCCACUAAUGCUGACCAAUUUGAAAUAAAUUUCAAGACUGGGCCGUCCAGCAAUGAUGACAUGGCUUUCCAGUUCAAUCCUCGAAUGGACCAGAAGGUGGCCAUGAACAGUGUAAUAAAUGGCAGUUGGGGAACUGAGGAAAGUGUCUCUGACAACCCCUUUAAAAAGGGAGAAGCCUUUGAGAUGUUCUCUGUCAUCAAAUCUGAAGGAUUUCAGGUUUAUGUGAAUGGUAAAGAGCUGUACACAUUCAAGCACCGUAUACCACUGGAAAAAGUGUCAACAUUAAAUAUCAAUGGUGAUGUUGCUGUGAACCUUUCUGGCUUCCUACAAAACUGGAGAACAUCUGUAUUUCCUACAGAAGUUAUAACAAAAAUCACCACUCUGGGCAGCUCACAUGGGGCACAUUCCACUGUACAAUCAGAGAUCUUGCAGCCAGUCCAAAACCCUAACCUUCCUUAUGUGGCACCAAUUUCAGGAGGACUGAGGGAAGGCAUGGCCUUGUACUUACAGGGAGUUGUUCCCACUAAUGCUGACCAAUUUGAAAUAAAUUUCAAGACUGGGCCGUCCAGCAAUGAUGACAUGGCUUUCCAGUUCAAUCCUCGAAUGGACCAGAAGGUGGCCAUGAACAGUGUAAUAAAUGGCAGUUGGGGAACUGAGGAAAGUGUCUCUGAAAACCCCUUUAAAAAGGGAGAAGCAUUUGAGAUGUUCUCUGUCAUCAAAUCUGAAGGAUAUCAGGUUUAUGUGAAUGGUAAAGAGAUGUACACAUUCAAGCACCGUAUACCACUGGAAAAAGUGUCAACAUUAAAUAUCAAUGGUGAUGUUGCUGUGAACCUUUCUGGCUUCCUACAAAACUGGAGCGCAUCUGUAUUUCCUACAGAAGUUAUAACAAAAAUCACCACUCUGGGCAGCUCACAUGGGGCACAUUCCACCGUACAAUCAGAGAUCUUGCAGCCAGUCCAAAACCCUAACCUUCCUUAUGUGGCACCAAUUUCAGGAGGACUGAGGGAAGGCAUGGCCUUGUACUUACAGGGAGUUGUUCCCACAAAUGCUGACCAAUUUGAAAUAAAUUUCAAGACUGGGCCGUCCAGCAAUGAAGACAAGGCUUUCCACUUUAAUCCUCGAAUGGACAAGAAGGUGGCUAUGAACAGUGUAAUAAAUGGCAUUUGGGGAACUGAGGAAAGUGUCUCUGAAAACCCCUUUAAUAAGGGAGAAGCCUUUGAGAUGCUCUCUGUCAUCAAAUCUGAAGGAUUUCAGGUUUAUGUGAAUGGUAAAGAGAUGUACACAUUUAAGCACCGUAUACCACUGGAAAAAGUGUCAACGUUAAAUAUCAGUGGUGAUGUUGCUGUGAAACUUUCUGGCUUCAUACAAAACUGGAGUGCAUCUGUAUCUCCUACAGAAGUUAUAACAAAAAUCACCACUCUGGGUAGCUCACAUGGGGUACAUUCCACCGUACAAUCAGAGAUCUUGCAGCCAGUCCAAAACCCUAACCUUCCUUAUGUGGCACCAAUUUCAGGAGGACUGAGGGAAGGCAUGGCCUUGUACUUAAAGGGAGUUGUUCCCACUAAUGCUGACCAAUUUGAAAUAAAUUUCAAGACUGGGCCGUCCAGCAAUGAUGACAUGGCUUUCCAAUUCCAUCCUCGAAUGGACCAGAAGUUGGCCAUGAACAGUAUAAUAAAUGGCAGUUGGGGAACUGAGGAAAGUGUCUCUGACAACCCCUUUAAAAAGGGAGAAGCCUUUGAGAUGUUCACUGUCAUCAAAUCUGAAGGAUAUCAGGUUUAUGUGAAUGGUAAAGAGCUGUACACAUUCAAGCACCGUAUACCACUGGAAAAAGUGUCAACAUUAAAUAUCAAUGGUGAUGUUGCUGUGAACCUUUCUGGCUUCCUGCAAAACUGGAGCGCAUCUGUAUUUCCUACAGAAGUUAUAACAAAAAUCACCACUCUGGGCAGCUCACAUGGGGGAGUUUCCACCGUACAAUCAGAGAUCUUGCAGCCAGUCCAAAACCCUAACCUUCCUUACGUGGCACCAAUUUUAGGAGGACUGAGGGAAGGCAUGGCCUUGUACUUACAGGGAGUUGUUCCCACAAAUGCUGACCAAUUUGAAAUAAAUUUCAAGACUGGGCCGUCCAGCAAUGAUGACAUGGCUUUCCAGUUCAAACCUCGAAUGGACCAGAAGUUGGCCAUGAACAGUAUAAUAAAUGGCAGUUGGGGAACUGAGGAAAGUGUCUCUGACAACCCCUUUAAAAAGGGAGAAGCCUUUGAGAUGUUCACUGUCAUCAAAUCUGAAGGAUAUCAGGUUUAUGUGAAUGGUAAAGAGCUGUACACAUUCAAGCACCGUAUACCACUGGAAAAAGUAUCAACAUUAAAUAUCAGUGGUGAUGUUGCUGUGAACCUUUCUGGCUUCCUACAAAACUGGAGUGCAUCUGUAUUUCCUACAGAAGUUAUAACAAAAAUCACCACUCUGGGUAGCUCACAUGGGGUACAUUCCACCGUACAAUCAGAGAUCUUGCAGCCAGUCCAAAACCCUAACCUUCCUUAUGUGGCACCAAUUUCAGGAGGACUGAGGGAAGGCAUGGCCUUGUACUUACAGGGAGUUGUUCCCACUAAUGCUGACCAAUUUGAAAUAAAUUUCAAGACUGGGCCGUCCAGCAAUGAUGACAUGGCUUUCCAAUUCAAUCCUCGAAUGGACCAGAAGGUGGCUAUGAACAGUAUAAUAAAUGGCAUUUGGGGAACUGAGGAAAGUGUCUCUGAAAACCCCUUUAAAAAGGGAGAAGCAUUUGAGAUGUUCUCUGUCAUCAAAUCUGAAGGAUAUCAGGUUUAUGUGAAUGGUAAAGAGCUGUACACAUUCAAGCACCGUAUACCACUGGAAAAAGUGUCAACAUUAAAUUUCAGUGGUGAUGUUGCUGUGAACCUUUCUGGCUUCCUACAAAACUGGAGCGCAUCUGUAUUUCCUACAGAAGUUAUAACAGAAAUCUCCACUCUGGGCAGCUCACAUGGGGGAGUUUCCACUGUACAGUCAGAGAUCUUGCAGCCAGUCCGAAACCCUACUAUUCCUUAUAUGGGCCCAAUUUCAGGAGGACUAAGAGAAGGCAUGGCCGUGUACUUACAGGGAGCCGUUCCUGCUAAUGCUGAACGGUUUAGGAUAAAUUUCAAGACUGGGCCAACUGACAAGCAUGACACUGCUUUCCACUUCAACCCUCGAAUGGGCUCAAAUGUGGCCAUGAACAGCUUCAGUACUGGAAAAUGGGAAACUGGAGAAAGUGUCUCUGACAACCCCUUUAAAAAGGGAGAAGCCUUUGAGAUGUUCUUUGUCAUCAAAUCUGAAGGAUAUCAGGUUUAUGUGAACGGUAAAGAGCUGUACACAUUCAAGCACCGUAUACCACUGGAAAAAGUGACGAUGUUAAAUAUAAAUGGAGAUGUUGGUGUGAACCUUUUUGGCUUCAUAGAAAACUGGAGCAAAUCUUCAUUUGUUACUGCAGUCAGGUCAAAAACUGCAUAUCUGGGCAGCCCACGUGGGGAACUUUCCACCAUAAAGUCAGAGGUUUUACAGCCCAUUCAAAAUCUUACUAUUCCUUAUAUGGGCCCAAUUUCAGGAGGACUAAGAGAAGGCAUGGCCCUGUACUUACAGGGAGCCGUUCCUGCUAAUGCUGACCGGUUUAGGAUAAAUUUCAAGACUGGGCCAACUGACAAGCAUGACACUGCUUUCCACUUCAACCCUCGAAUGGGCUCAAAUGUGGCCAUGAACAGCUUCAGUACUGGAAAAUGGGAAACUGGAGAAAGUGUCUCUGACAACCCCUUUAAAAAGGGAGAAGCCUUUGAGAUGUUCUUUGUCAUCAAAUCUGAAGGAUAUCAGGUUUAUGUGAACGGUAAAGAGCUGUACACAUUCAAGCACCGUAUACCACUGGAAAAAGUGACGACGUUAAAUAUAAAUGGAGAUAUUGCUGUGAACCUUUUUGGCUUCAUAGAAAACUGGAGCAAAUCUUCAUUUGUUACUGCAGUCAGGUCAAGAACUGCAUAUCUGGGCAGCCCACGUGGGGAACUUUCCACCAUAAAGUCAGAGGUUUUACAGCCCAUUCAAAAUCCUACUCUUCCUUAUGUGACCCCAAUUCCAGGAGGACUGAGAAAAGGCAUGGCCUUGUACAUUCAGGGAGUCAUCCCUACUAAUGCUGGAAGAUUUGAAAUAAAUUUCAAGACUGGGCCAACUGACAAGAAUGACAUUGCUUUCCACUUCAACCCUCGAAUGGGCUCGAAGGUGGUCAUGAACAGCUUAAAGAAUGGGAAAUGGGGAGCCGAGGAAAGUGUCUCUGACAGCCCCUUUAAAAAGGGAGAAGCUUUUGAGAUGUUCUUUGUCGUCAAAUCUGAAGGAUAUCAGGUACGUAUAAAAGGCCAGCAGCACUGCAUGUUCAAGCACCGCAUCCCUCUGGAAGAAGUAAAUACAAUUAACAUUUAUGGAAAUGUCUCCAUCAGCUUCCUUGGUUUUGUCACGGACAGUGAAUAGGAGGAUUUCUGUGACUCCCGCUAUAUACAAGCACUCUCAGAGAACAAUGUUAAAAUCAUGCAUGUCCUCAUCCUGAUAUUCACACAUUUACAUUUAUUCUUUUAGCAGAUGCUUUUAUCCAAAGCAUCUAGAAUUGAAACACCAAGUAUAUCAAUCACUGAUUUCAAUCUAAUCCAUUACCACAAAUCAAGGUUACUGCUUUUAUGCAACUAAAUAAAUGGCAAAUGAAUUAUAUAUAAAAAAAAAAAAAAAAAACAGCCUUUGUAAACCACACUGCUCUUUGUUUUGGGUCACAAUACAAACACAAAGGCUCUGUCGCCAUACAGAUAUAUAGACAUCUGUAAUGCAUUUUAUAUUUAUAACAUGGCUUUGUGAGGUGAUUUUUAGAGAAGCUUGAUGAUUGCAUGACUCUUUUUGGCAAACCACUAAAAGUAAACCUUGAGAUUUACAGAGAAUACAACAAUAAAAGCUUUUCAGGUCAUUUUUAAACAUUCUUUUUUUUUUUUAUCCCAAAGGCAAAGAUAACUGAGUUAGUUUAAACAGAUGAGUUAGUAGAAACUGAUUUCACAAUCAAUCUAGCGAAAGAAAAUAUAUUCAACAUGUCUGAUUUUUCUUUUUUUUUAUAUAAAUGGCCACAAGGUGGAGCUAUUUCUACAGCAUUAAAGCAAUGAACUGUACACACUUGUCAUCAGCAGGCCUUUGUCUGAAAGCAAUUAUGAACUGAAUACAAUGUGCUUAUUGUUAUCAUUACCCACUUUAACUAUCAUUACCAAAAUACAAAUAAAGAUUGAUUCAUGAUU